CCCCCUCCGGCUGGGGCAAAUGGUGCGCUAUUUCUAGGCGCGCCUCAGUGUUCUUUCCCUCUCCAUGAGCCUCCUCGAGCCGCUGCGGUGUGCCGCAGCUCCCUGACGCCCUCGGCUGGGCCGGCACGGCGCCGGGGGUGUUCACAGCCUGGCACCGGAGUUUCCGACCCCGGGGCACUGCCAAGCCCGGCUUCCCCCCUCUGCGACUCAGGAAGCCCCGUGCGUGUCCCGGGAGUUUGCUUCUGGCCUGGUUUCUUUCCCCCUGCCACCACCCGCCUCGAGCGUUGGAAUGGAAGGCUCUGGGCUCGGUCAGGAGCCACCUCUUGGGUCCGGCGGGCGCUCUUGCCCUGGGCGGCUUGCCCACCCCGGGCUCCGUGCCCACGGUGCCAGCUCUGCCCAGAUCUCCCCAGCCCACUGCAGCGGCCUAUGCUCGACGUAGGUUUUUCUGUAUCCUUCGGAGACGUUACGGACUGGGUUUUGUACCUUUCUGCCGCCUCCUCGAUGGUCAGCACGGAGAUGACCCGGGACUGGGCAUUUCUGCUCCCUCUCUUUGGCGAGGCGGUUCCCUGCCGUCUGACCUUUGCUCUGCUGCUGCAUUUUAUGCUGUGCAACUGCCUUGCAGUUGCCUUUCCCUUCCCGGGUCUCUGCAAGGCCAGAGGCCCCUCUGCCUCCUCGUGCCUCCCUUCUCUGGGCACCGAGCUGUGCCAGGCCCCGGGGCCGGGCCGCGCUGGGGCUGUGGUGGGGGCUGAAGGUGCGUUUACAUAACACCGGGCGUGUGGGAGCUGGAGAAAGAGGUUGCAUGCGUAGGAGAGAUAAGGUUCCCGCUUUCCCUUCUUCUUGGUGGUACCAGGCUUGACAUCACCGAGACGAGAGGAAGAUAGAGACGGGCCCCUAGAAGCCUGUUCCUCUGCACAGUCCAGGACCUCCAGCCCCAUGGAGCCCCCGAUCCCACAGAGCGUCCCCUUGACUCCCAGCUCAGUCAUGGUCCAGCCCCUACUUGACAGCCGUAUGCCCCACAGCCGCCUCCAACACCCGCUCACCAUCCUCCCCAUCGACCAGAUGAAGACCAGCCAUGUGGAGAACGACUACAUAGACAACCCUGGCCUGGUGCCCCCUACUGGCCCUAAGCGGACCCGGGGUGGGGCCCCAGAAUUGGCCCCGACGCCUGCCCGCUGUGACCAGGAUGUCACCCACCACUGGAUCUCCUUCAGCGGGCGCCCCAGCUCUGUGAGCAGCAGCAGCAGCACAUCCUCUGACCAGCGGCUCUUAGACCACAUGGCACCACCGCCCGUGGCUGAUCAGGCCUCCCCGAGGGCUGUGCGCAUCCAGCCCAAGGUGGUCCACUGCAAGCCACUGGACCUCAAGGGCCCGGCGCUCCCACCUGAGCUGGACAAGCACUUCUUGCUAUGCGAGGCCUGUGGGAAGUGUAAGUGCAAGGAGUGUGCAUCCCCCCGGACACUGCCCUCCUGCUGGGUCUGCAACCAGGAAUGCCUGUGCUCAGCCCAGACCCUGGUCAAUUACAGCACCUGCAUGUGCCUGGUGCAAGGCAUCUUCUACCACUGCACCAACGAGGAUGAUGAGGGCUCCUGCGCUGACCACCCCUGCUCCUGCUCCCGCUCAAACUGCUGUGCCCGCUGGUCCUUCAUGGGUGCCCUCUCCCUGGUGCUGCCGUGCCUGCUCUGCUACCUGCCUGCCACUGGCUGCGUGAAGCUGGCCCAGUGUGGCUAUGAUCGCCUGCGCCGCCCUGGUUGCCGCUGCAAGCACACGAACAGCGUCAUCUGCAAGGCAGCUGCCGGGGACCCCAAGGCCAACAGACCCGACAAGCCCUUCUGACACUUUGGGUCGAAGCCCCGUGCUCCCCCUGAAAACCUGGUUCUCUUCUAUUCUAACACCUGAGAAGACCACAGCGAGGCCAGAGGUUUUAGUGUUCUGAGGCUGACCUUGCUGGUCUGCCCACUCCCCACCCUCAGCUUCUGAAGAUACGGAGACCACUGCCCACCCUCUUCCCCAAAAGGAUGAAGAAGGACUUUGGUUUGGGUUAUUGGGGGGUUUUUUUGUUUGUUUUUUUCAGGGUCCUGGAACACACAGACAGUGGCAGGGGUGUGGUGUGGCUGGGGGUGGGGGGGGGUUCUUUUUCAGAAGACAGAACACAGAUGUGGACACAUAUCCGGAAGUUGCAGCUGCUUGAAUGCCUUCCCAGUCCCUCCUUCCCCCUCUCUCCCCACUCUUCCAUUCUCUUUGGCUGCCGGGGAGGAAUCAUUAACUGAGUGACCAGGGAACCUUUGAAGAAGACCCUUGGAACCCUGACGUCCAUACUUCUCUCCCCCCUACCCCAGGUUGCCCCAUCACCUGGGGGAAGGCGAAGACCCUGGCAGUCCCUAUUGUAUAUACUUGGGACCCCCUAAGAGCAGAGGCUUAUUCCCCACUCUGCUGUCUGGAGCCACAGAUGGAUUUAGGAGCCACUAUACAGUGCAUUUCUCCCUUCCAGCUUCAUCACUAACUCUCGGGGGUGUUCUACUCACAACACCGUCCUUCGGUUCUUACCGAGUCACAGACUCACCUGCCACUAUGUGUCGCGAGUUCUCUCUACCCACAUCCUUUCCAGAAAUCUUACGGGUAGAGAAGGCCGGGGCGGCACACGCGAGACCAAAUAUCAUUUUGCCAAUGAGUCUGAGGCUGUGGUCUCUGGAUCCAGUCAUUAUGUUUUUAUAGAAUAAUUAAACCAGAUGCUAUAACGGUGUUUUAAAAAAAAUAAUAAUGAAACACUUGCUUCCUUUUGGGCCACCCCCAGGAAGGGCUGAUUUCAAAAUCUGGGGGGCGAGCAACCUUAAGGGACACAAUCCCCCUUCCCACCAAGAAGAGGAUUUUAACAGCAAAGAAGAGAGGCAACACCUCCCAUUGGCAGUGUGACAGUAGAGCCAAGCUGGGUGUGGGUUCCUUCUCUUCCGAUUCUGCUGCUUGCUGUCAUAGCCUUUUGUGUACAGUGAUGUGUCUGUAUCUUUAAUGUAAAUAGAUGAUGAAAAAAGAGUCUAUUUUAGUGUUAGGAAGCCCUGGCGGGGGAGUAAGAGCAAGGGGGGUGGGGCUUCUUGGGAUUGAGCCCUGCUUCUGUGCGAGGCAGCACCACCCCCUCCCAACAGCCCCCAAAGACGUAGCAACUCUUUCUCUCAAGGUGCUAAAGGACUCCCAAGUGCAGCACGUCCAGUGGGUAGGUACUUGUUGCAUGCAAAAGCUAUAUUGUGUCUGGUCCUUCCUCCCCAGCUGUUGUGCAGGGGUUUUUGCUUUGUGUGAUAUUCUGUGUGUUGUCCCACCCCCAUGAGAGGAAGUGGCCUGGGUCAGAAAAGCUACCCCAGGUGAAACUGGAAGUGCACUAGGCAGACCUUGUGUAGCAUUUCCAGUUUGUUCUGUAGAAACAGAAUCGCCUCCAGGAAGGAGGCAAGGAGGCAGGUAGCUGUGAUUGGCAUGCACCCAAUGCUUCUCAAGGACUUUUUUUUUUCCUUCUUGAAGAGUAGUAGUAACAUCUUAUGAUUUAGAAUAAGUUAAUCGUAACUGUAGGUAUUUAUUGAUUGGAGGAAAGGAGGGGAGGGUCUUAUUAUUUUAGGCUUUAUUUAUAUAACAUUUGCUAGCUUGUAAAAAGUAUGAAAUACUGCAUCUGCGUUUUCUGAGGCUGAUUCAUGUAGCUACCCUUGCCAUAGUCGUGACGGAUGUAUGGAUGUUCUUGCACAAAUAGGAGGGAAUGGUAGGAAAAACCCAUUCAGCCAACCACUUACAUUAAUUGAAUGUAUCAGAUGUGUACUGAAGGGACUGGAGAGGUUUUCCUCAGAAUAGGUGUGCAGAGGUUACCCCCUAAAUGGAAGGGCACGCAUACACUCUUGGCAAGGCCUCAGAAAUUUUCCCAGGGCCCCUCUCAAAUGUCUCCAUGGGAAACUUGACCCAGUGGCAAGUUGCACUUUGGUGAUCUUGGUGUUCUACACACCCAUUCUGUGGAGAAUUGAUUUACAUAAGCUGUGUAUACACACACACACACACACACACCACAC